UGUUUUGAAUGCAUUUAAAGCUUCGGGAAGCCUUAACAUUGCUGCGUAUAAGUGACUGGAAAACUAUUUACGUACAAUGGAUUUCCGGACACUACCUAUCCAAGUCUUACUUCUAUCCGUAGCAUUAUUCUGUACAGGAAACCUAAUAACACAAGAGUGUCCCCCAGGAAAACACGUAUUCACCAACUGCACAAACCCUUGCAUUUACAAUGGAUCCAUCACAGUUUGUCAGUCAAAGCCGAACAGUCAAUGUGUUCCAGACUACUGUGGAGCAUGCGUCACUCGUUUCUACGACGACAACAAAACUGAAGUACACUGUGAGAUUGAAUCUGGUAUCAUAUGUGAGCAGAAGACACACAUAAUAAAUUGCCGUAAUGGCUUUCUGAUUUACAUGACGGAGGCUAAUUUUGGAAGAACAUCGAGAGAAAAAUGUCGCCAUCCUUACAGCAUUGAGCGCCUACACAACAACACAAACUGCAGAGCUCCAACAUCGCUCCAAGUCAUGCAGAAGCUUUGUAAUGGCCGUCAGAGCUGCACUAUUACAGUAGAGAAUGAGAUGUUUGGAGCAGACCCAUGUUAUGGUAUCUACAAAUACCUAGAGUUCGAUUUCAAAUGUGUCUCUCGAGAUGAAAUCAAUCUCAACAACAGGAACACACCUGAUAUCCGAACCAUCGGCUGUCUGCUGCUGCUGUGCAUUUUGUCGAGGAAACCGUAGAGAGAGAGAGAGAGAGAGAGAGAGAGAGAGAGAGAGAGAGAGAAGUCAGACAAUCCUAAUCAAGACAUGGAAAAAUGUUUGACAAACCAUUCUGAUGGAAGAUUUAUGACUUAAAUAAUUCAAAAGCAUAAUAAAUGUUUUAUUUACUCUUGUAACUAAAAAGUUAAGUAGAACUAUAUAUUGGAGUAUGUUUAUAGAGCAAUUUGCCAACCUGCCUUUGUUUUGUUUUCUAUUUUUAUAUGUGUAUAUCUUUUGUAAAUAAAUAUCACUGUAUAUCAAUUUGAAAUAAACACUGUGAUUGGAAUAUUCAUAAUUUAAUUCAGACUUGUCGAAAUUUUAAAAUCAUUGUCAGACAUUUGGUCUGACAAAGUCAAAUGUUCUGUCGGACCAGUCAACGUUUUGUCAGACCAGAUACAUGUACCUUAUUUUGACGCUGUGAAAGUCAUAUGAAUAACAGCACCAAAAUGCCCUGGAUUAUUUUCAGCAGCCUUUAAUCUUACAAGUUUCCUUCCUUGGGAUAGAAAGUCUUUAAUAAAAGACACAAAUGACAUGUUUUAUGACUUUGCUAUAACAAAUUUAAUUGGCUAUCGUCAACACGCCGCGUACGCGGCCAUUUUUUCUGUGUUUGUGACCUUCAGCUGCGCAUCCCGAUCCCGACCUUUAUUAAAUUUGCAUCACGCUCGAUUUUUUUCAAACGGUCAUCUGGACCGACGUUUUCUUAAAAGUUGUCGGUCCAGACAAAUUUUUAUCGGCCUUGCCGACAGGACCGACGGAUUUCGACAAGUCUGUUAAUUAAUAGCAAAUGAAUCCUUCUGUGUGAAUCAAUUUUCAUUGAUCUGGAGUUAUUGUAAUAUUGACCUGGAACUUAUGUAGUGUGAAAACCUUAAAAUUUUUAACACUUUAGUAUAAAAACGUAUUGUGAAUACUUGUUAAACUUCAAAAGAUUUGCUUUUUUCUGCAAAGAAAAAUGCGAUUAGGAAAAAAAAAUCAUUUGCAUUUGUAAUGGCAAAACAAAUAAAGUUAUGCAUGUAUGUGUAUUUCUCUCAGUGUAAAUAUUUAUUUUAAUGCAUCUUUGUGAGCCUCUUAGAAAGCAGAUAAUUGAUUUACAUUUCAAAAAGAUUAACGAUUAAAUUUGUUUACUCUUAAAUGCAAGAGGCUUUGUAGUUAGCGUUCUUCAAACACGAAUAAAGUGUUUAUAUAGAUAUCCUCUGAUGAGUAU